AUGGCUCUCCCGAAGAUCACUCUCUAUAUAGACAUUGUUAGCCCAUUCGCGUACAUUGCAUUUCAUAACUCGCCCACCUUUGCAAAAUGUGAGGUGACCUAUGUUCCUAUCCUCCUCGGCGGGUUGAUGAAUUCGUGUAGCAAUACACCGCCUAUCGAAAUCAAAAACAAGAACAAAUGGGUGGCGCAAGAAAGAUUACGAUGGGCAAAGUUUUUCGCCGUCCCCAUGAGCGAUUCGUACCCGCAGGGCUUUCCACCACGUACUUUGACCGUUCAGCGGGCCCUCUGCGCUGUCUCGCAAAAGUCGCCUGCAAAGCUGCCCGCGGUCAUCGAUGCGCUAUACCACUCAUUCUGGGUGAAUGAGAAUUUUAAAAUUGGUGAGCCCGAGACAUUUGCACCUAUUCUGGAGAGCAUUCUAGGCAAGCAAGUAACUCAAGACGUACUGUCGGCGGUGAGCCACCCGGAAGUCAAGGCACUCCUUUUGUCAAAUACCGACGAGACUUUCAAACAAGGCGCAUUUGGUCUCCCAUGGUUUCAAUGCACAAACGCGGCUGGCGAAACAGAAGGAUUUUGGGGUGUGGAUCAUCUAGGCGUGGUGGCCAACUUCCUUGGGCUUGAUCGGAGCCAGGAUCCCGGAUUUAAAGCAGUUUUGUAA